CAAUGCGAUAGCAAGCAUUUCGCUUGAAUAAGAGGACGCCCGCCACACAGCCAAAAAAAUUAUACUUUCAACAUAAAUUCCAACAUUCUAUCAUUUCGCUAUCAUCGCCGGGUGCUUAGUUACUAUUAAGUUUUAUUUUUUUUUUAAUUUUACGUAUAAAACAACUACAAACAAACAAAAUCAACCAUAAAAAUAAAAAAAAUCGUGCCUUUUCUACCAACUUGAUUUUUUUUGUUCUCUUUAGUAUUGUCCGUCGUCGUGUAUCUUUGUGUUUAACCAAGAAAUAAGAUACAGAUACGUUAAUACACUGUAUUCCGAUACGAAUCAUUUAUCAUUUAUCGAAAUCCGGAUACUAUACGGUUAAUCUAUAUAUUUUAACCCCAAAAAAGAACUGACUAUUAAAAUUUUAAAUUAACAUAAUAAUUCUUGCCAAAAGAGGUUCUACAAGUAGUAUCUUCUUAAAAAAAGAUACAAAAAUAAAAUAAAAAAAAAAUAAUAUGCAAGUCUUGUGCUAGUGAGAUUGAAAUACAAGAAAAAGACUAAACAAAUAAAUUUAAGUAUUUACACAAAUAAUACAAAAAUAUAAUGAAGUGGUAUUUUAGAACAAAGGAUACCAUAGGCGCUUGUUUUGGUUUCUUAUCGCUUAGCUUAGCGAUAUUGAUUGUUUUCAUAGAACCUAGCGAUGCAAUAAAAUGUUACAAAUGUCAAGUAUCUCCAGUAAUAUACAAAAUAGGCAAUCUAACAAAUUCCAUACCUCUGUGUUCGAAAUUCGAUGAAUCUGAUGAAUACAUAACUGAGUGUCAGUAUUCAACGAUGUGUGUUAAGAAAAUUUCUAGAUUAUAUUUGCAAAAUGGAACUGUUGAUACAGUGACCAGAGGAUGUGCAAGCCAAAAGUAUACCGAUCAGGUUCUCAAACAAGGUGCUUGGCGUGUAGAACAUAAAGUAGAAGAACCCUACAAAGAGGGCUGUGAAGAAUUCAAGGAAAAUAACCUGUCAGGUUCGAGUUCAACGUACUGCUACUGCCGUGGCAACUUGUGUAAUUUUGCAAAGAAGAAUGACCCAACGAAUCAGUUGCUAACAAAUGCAAUAAUUGUGAUAUUUGUAUUUAAUGCAAUAAAAUAUAUCUUGUAAAUGGUUCCAUAUAGAUUGUUGAAUAUAUUAAAUAGUGGACAACUUUAUUCGUGUUGUUCUAAUAAAAUUAUUUUUAUAAUAUAAAUAAAUACAUAUAUAUGUAUAUAAGUGAACCUCUGAAGUAGCCUUUAAUAAUGAGUUUCUAAAUAAAGCACGUUGAUAAAUUUAUUGUAAUACAAGAAAUAAAUAUAAAUUGCAUGUAAAAGAAGAAUAAGUGUACCUAUGAACGAGUACAUUUUUGUAAUAUCAAAAGAAUUAACAUAUUAUGAUUGUAAUCAAAAGGGAAUCAGAGCACGACACAUUCCACACGUUAUUUCUAUUCGGUAUAAUUUAUCAUAUUAAUAUUUUUUAAAAAAUCACUUUUAGAAACUCAAUACAAGAUCUUAAUAAAAAUUUGUAAUCCUGUUCACUGGAUGCUUUAAGAUGAUCUAAAAUA